AUGGGCGAGUACUCCAAAGCACUUUCAUCGCUUGAACGAUCACUUGAAAUCGUGAACACAGCUCUUCCUCUAAAUCAUCUCAACUUGGCUAAAUCAUGCAACAAUAUCGGUAUGGUGUAUAAUAGCAUGGGCGAAUACUCCAAAGCAUUUUCAUCGCUUGAACGAUCAAUUGAAAUCGCGAACAUGGCUCUUCCUCCGAAUCAUCCCGACUUGACUGGUUUCUACAACAACAUCGGUCUGGUGUAUAAUAGCAUGGGCGAGUACUCCAAAGCACUUUCAUCAUAUGAACGAUCACUUGAAAUUCGGAAAAUAGCUCUUCCUCCGAAUCAUCCCGACUUGGCCCAAUCAUAUAACAACAUCGGUAGUGUGUAUGGUCACAUGGGCGAGUAUUCUAAAGCACUUUCAACAUAUGAACGAUCACUUGAAAUCCGGAAAAUAGCUCUUCCCCCGAAUCACCCGGACAUGGCAGAAUCAUACAACAGCAUCGGUACGAUCUAUGAUAAAAUGGGCGAGUACUCUAAAGCACUGUCAUCUUAUGAACGUUCACUUGAAAUCAGGGAAAAAGCUCUUCCUUCGAAUCAUCCAGGCUUGGCUACUUCCUACCUAAACAUCGGUAGUGUGCACUUUCGCAUGGGCGAGUAUUCUAAAGCACUUUCAUCAUAUAAACAAUCACUCGAAAUCAGGAAAGUAGUUCUUCCUCCGAAUCAUCCAGACUUGGCAGAAUCAUACAACAGCAUCGGUGCGGUCUAUCAUAAAAUGGGCGAGUACUCUAAAGCACUGUCAUCUUAUGAACGUUCACUUGAAAUCAGGAAAAUAGCUCUUCCACCGAAUCAUCCUGACUCGGCUACUUCCUACAGCAACAUCGGCAGUGUGUAUGUUGACAUGGGCAAGUACUCUAAAGCACUUUCGUCCUAUGAACAAUCACUUGAAAUCAGGAAAACACUUCGUCUUCCGAAUCAUCCAGGCUUGGCUACUUCCUACCUAAACAUUGGUAAUGUGUACUUUCGCAUGGGCAAGUACUCCAAAGCACUUUCAUCCUAUGAACGAUCACUUGAAAUCAGGAAAAUAGCUCUUCCUGCGAAUCAUCCAGACUUGGCUAAGUCCUAUGAAGGUUUAGGCUUAGUGUAUACAAGUAUGGGGGAGUACUCUAAAGCAGUUUCAUCAUAUGAACGAUCACUCGAAAUCCGAAAAGUAGCUCUUCCUCCGAGUCAUCCCGACUUGGCUCCAUCAUACAACAACAUCGGUAGUGUGUAUUUUAAAAUGGGCGAGUACUCUAAAGCACUUUCUUCGUAUGAACGAUCACUUGAAAUCAGGAAAAUAACUCUUCCUCCGAAUCAUCCAGACUUGGCCGAAUCAUAUAACAACAUCGGUAGUGUGUAUGGUCACAUAGACAAGUACUCUCAAGCACUUUCAUCGCUUGAACGAUCACUUGAAAUUCGAAAAAUAGUUCUUUCUCCGAAUCAUCCAGACUUGGCUUCUUCCUACAACAACAUUGGUAGUGUGUAUCAUAGUAUGGGCGACUACACAAUGGCACUUUCCUUUUAUGAAAAAGCCGAAACAAUCUGGAAAAAGUCACUUCCUCUAAAUCAUCCACAUAUAGAACUUGUGAAAAUAAACAUUGAUAUUGUGAAAAACGAAAUGUAA